CGGUUGAGUUCGGUCUCUUGAUUUCCUCCCAGAUAGGCUCAUCCCUACUCGGACACAUUUACUGUGAAAGCUCAUUUAAGGCCCAAUAUAAUUUUAACAAAAUCCCACUCUUUCUUGAGCUGCAACUGAGCUCUUUCGUGUUCCCUCCGAAAUCAAGUUUUUUAAAACAUGAAGCUCUCUCAAUCUAUUCCUUUAAUGAACAAAGCCAUUAAAUCUUCCUAUUCUUCUCAAUCUCAAUCUUAUAACCCUCUUUCUCAUAGAACCAUCUUCAAAUUAAGCAGCAAAGACAGCUUUAUCGACCGCUUAUGCAACGAGGGUAGAUUUAAAGAAGCGAUUGCUCUCUUAUGUGAACAAAAUCGCUUAAAAGAAGCAAUUCAAGUACUUAAUCAAAUAGAUAGACCUUCACCUUCCAUUUACUCAUCCCUCAUUCAAUCUUGUCUCAAAAAUCGUGCUCUUGAAGUGGGUAAAAAGGUUCAUGAUCAUAUAAAACUUUCCGGGUUUAUACCUGGUUUAGUUAUAUCAAACCGGCUUCUUGAUAUGUAUGCUAAAUGUAAUGAUUUAGUUGAUGCCCAGAAGCUUUUUGAAGAAAUGGGUGAGAGAGAUUUGUGUUCUUGGAACGUUUUGAUUUCUGGGUGUGCUAAAAUGGGUUUACUUAAGGAAGCAAGGAAACUGUUCGAUACAAUGCCUGAAAGAGAUAAUUUUUCUUGGACUGCUAUGAUUUCUGGAUAUGUGAGGCACAAUAGGCCCCAUGAAGCUUUAGAGUUAUACAGAUUGAUGAAGAAAUGUGAGAAUUUGACGUCAAAUAAGUUCACAGUUUCUAGUGUUCUUGCUGCAGCGGCAGCUAUUCCUUGUCUGCGGAUAGGGAAAGAGAUUCAUGGUUAUAUAAUGAGGACUGGAUUGGAUUCAGAUGAGGUGGUUUGGAGUGCAUUAUCUGAUAUGUAUGGUAAAUGUGGGAGCAUAGAGGAAGCGAGGCACAUUUUUGACAAGAUGGUGAAUAGAGAUGUUGUUACAUGGACAGCAAUGAUUGAUAGGUAUUUUGAGGAUGGUAGGAGAGAAGAGGGGUUUGAAUUGUUUGCAGAGUUGUUAAGGUCUGGGAUUAAGCCUAAUGAUUUUACAUUUGCUGGGGUUUUGAAUGCAUGCGCUGACCUUGGUGUAGAAGGGAUUGGAAAACAGGUUCAUGGGCACAUGACUAGAGCUGAUUUUGAUCCAUUCUCUUUUGCAGCAAGUGCUCUAGUUCACAUGUAUUCUAAGUGUGGGAAUAUGGUAAAUGCAGAAAGGGUGUUUAGAGGGAUGCCUCAGCCUGAUUUAGUUUCCUGGACUUCCUUGAUUGCUGGGUAUGCUCAAAAUGGUCAUCCUGAUGAGGCUCUUCAGUACUUUGAGUUGCUACUGAAGUCAGGGACAAGGCCUGAUCAUAUAACUUUUGUAGGUGUUCUUUCUGCUUGUGCUCAUGCUGGAUUAGUUGAUAAAGGGCUGCAAUAUUUUCACUCCAUAAGUAAGGAUUAUGGGCUAACUCAUACUGCUGAUCAUUAUGCUUGUAUAAUAGAUUUAUUGGCUCGAACUGGCCGAUUUGAAGAAGCUGAAGAUAUUAUUCAUAAAAUGCCUAUGCAGCCUGACAAGUUUCUCUGGGCUUCCUUGCUAGGUGGUUGUAGAAUUCAUGGAAACCUUAAAUUGGCAAAAAGAGCUGCGGAAGCAUUGUUUGAAAUUGAGCCCGAGAAUCCUGCUACUUAUGUUACAAUGGCUAACAUCUAUGCCACUGCUGGUAUGUGGAGUGAAGUAUCAAAGAUUAGAAAAACUAUGGAUGACCGAGGAGUGGUAAAGAAACCAGGUUUGAGUUGGAUUGAGAUCAAGAGAAAGGUACAUGUGUUCUCGGUGGGAGAUGCUUUGCAUCCAAGAUCCAAAGACAUACAUGAGUUUCUGAGAAAGCUUUCUAAAAGGAUGAAAGAAGAAGGGUUUGUUCCUGACACAAAUUUUGUGCUGCAUGAUGUGGAGGAGGAACAAAAGGAGCAACAUCUCUCUUACCACAGUGAGAAACUUGCAGUUGCUUUUGGAAUUAUUUCUACUCCACAAGGAACACCAAUCAAAGUUCUUAAGAAUUUAAGGACUUGUGUAGACUGCCACACUGCAAUUAAGUUUAUAUCGAAGAUUACUAAUAGAAAAAUAGUUGUGAGGGAUUCGAAUCGUUUCCAUUGUUUUGAGAGUGGAAAUUGUUCUUGUGGGGACUUUUGGUGAUUCAAAAAGUUAGAAAUUAGUCGAGCGUUUUGGGAGAACUCAGUGGAGAUCCAGUGGAGCUUAUUCUUUGGCUUGCAUCUAUUUUAUGCUUAACCUUCUUGAUCAUCACUUGGAACUAAACCAGUGGAUAAGCUUACAGGAUGGAAAGGGGCCCUUGACCUCCAUGUUGGUUUGGUAUGAGUGAGUCCACUAGAUAAAAGUACAGCUAUAGAUGCUUGUAACUGAUCCAGAAGACUAGCUACUCUAAAGUGAGUUCUGUUUUCCGGAUUCUUUUUCAAGUGGGGGCUAAACUAUCAGGAAAAGAUUUAAACAUAGUUUCUGGCUACCAAAAUUUCUCAGCCUCGCCAAGUAGUCCAGGCUUUUGCAGAUAAUAACGGUCCAUUCUUUUGGAGGCAUCAGUUCCAGUAUAAGGAAAAAUGUGAGGAAGGUUUCCUUGACUCGAGUAGUCCAGGGUGCGUUGUUUGUUGCCUGCAUUGUUCAAUGCUCUAAGUUGUACUUUGUUUUGUAUCCUAUAAGAUAUGAAGAUUGCUCAGGGGAGAAAACGGAAAGAAAAGGGGGAAUUUGCGAAUAAUUGAAUAACAGAAUCAAAAUUGCAUCAA